AUGGCACUGACGUCGGUCGGGAGACAUAUCUUGCAGCGUCUACAACCAGAUGCAGUGGGGAUCACGCGGUCCCCAUCCUGCAAGGCGAGUAGCACCAAUAACACCCAAACUUUUCGUAAUAUUCUUCAUACCCCUCUGCCACGUCAAGGGCAUGGAAAACAGCACUCUCUUCAGCAAAUGAUGGUUGGGCAUACGCAAUACAUGUCCCAACUAACGCAGCUUCUGGUGCUGGAUGCAUUCUUCAAUAAAAUUUCUCGUUGCAUAACCAGAAAAUCACUUUCCAAUUGCCCCGUUACGGAUUCGCCGACACUAACCCAUACAAGCUAUUGUACUGGGACAACAAUUGUCGAACAAUUGAAGACGUCUCAGUUCCACCGCCCGAACAGUCCGAUUCUCACAUCUAUACAACAAAACAGUCCGCACUCCUCGUUACCCAGUCUAACUGACCGCCUUCGAUGUCUGCAUUCUGAAGAAAGUAGGACAACAAGCUACCCUUGCUCCGGCAACGUCGUUGAAGGAGUGUCAUAA